GAGGGGGAAGAAAGAGUGGAGAAGAGCGAGUGGAGGAGAGGGAAAGAGAAAAAGAAAGGAGGGGGAAGAGAGACAGAAGGAAGGGCAAGGGACGGGCCUGAGCCUGUCAGCAGCCUGACAGGGGAACGAGUGGCCAUGGCGGCACUGGCAGCAAGGAAGGGUCCAGGCAACCACUGCUGCUGUUUGGGGCUACUGAGGCCAUUGUAAGAGGGAGGCAGGCAUGCAAGGGAUGGGCCUGGGCCUGUCAGCAGCCUGAGGGGAACGAGCAGCCAUGGUGGUGACAGCAGCGAGAAAGGGCCUGGUCAACCACUGCUGCUGCUCCUGAAGGGAGGAGCAGGAGCGGGGCUCGGGUGAGAGUGGGGAGGUCUCUGGGGAUAGGGGGCUGCAGUUUGGCCAAUAGGCAGCAGCAAUGCUGCAGCCACAAUCAAGAAGGGUGAGGAGGAUGGAAGCAACGGGAUGGAGAAGGAACAGGAGUGCAGCUCAAGUGAAGGUAGGGAGAUCUCUGAGGUAAGGGGAGCAAUCAAGUACUAACGCGCAGAUGCUCUAGAGCGUGCAAGAGUUCCAGCACUGAAAUGAAGAGAAAUAAUGGCAGCAGUCAGGAUGCAGAGGUGGAGGGCUGGCAGGUGAAGCCCCUCCAGCCAAAAGAGGAAGCGCCUGUCUUCAACUGUUGCCUUCCGUACUUCUUCUUUGGCACUCUUGGGCGUGAGAAAACUCACAAUCCAAUCUGUCGGCAGCAGCAUCGGUUGGUUUAAGAGCAGAACUGAAUCCAUUUUAAAAUGUGUUUUGGAAAUCUGUCAGUUGUGCUGCUGCUGUGCUUUGUUAGCCCAGGUAACCUUUGCAGGGUGCUCUCAUCUAUUGACACCAUUGAAGAAGAGUAUUUUUCAAAUUGCUGUCCAAACAUAAAGCAAGAUGAGGGAUAUACUCUGAACUGGUAUAGAGAAAAAGAAGGAAAACUGAUAUUAAUUCAGGAAGCCAAUAGAAUUGUUUUGAAUGGGAGUUAUUUGGAGUUUUGGCCAGCAAAGCUGAAUGACACUGGAAAGUAUAUUUGCAGUAUCAGCAAUGGAACUCACAAUGUCACCCAAGGAGACUGGAACCUGAGAGUACUAAAAAAAGAUAAGGACAGUUGUUUCAAUGCAAAUCAUGUGUCACGUGGUAAACCUGGCAUUAUUGGAGAAAGUUAUUCCUUUAAAUGUAGUGAUAUACUUCACAAUACAGAUGCUGUAAAUAUAACAUGGUACAAGAACUGCAGCUAUGUAAAUGAAGGAGAUUGGUAUAUUCCCAAGCUAACAGUUGGGGACUCUGGAAACUACACAUGUGUGGCAACAUUGUUGCGUGCUGGGAAUAUGUAUUACAGGACUAGUACAAUAGAACUAGAAGUGGAACAAGCACCGGAAGAUAAUACAAAACCAGCGCUAACUGGAACUGAUCCUGUUUUUGUUGAAACAGAAAUAGGUAAAACGGAGAUUCUCAACUGCACAGCUGUUUUAGGUUCCUCUAACAAUUCGUAUAGUGGCAUUGAGAUUUACUGGCUACACAAUAAGCAAUUAAUAGAAAUAUGUCCGAAGAACAAUAAUGACUUCUCAUUGUGUGAAAUGGAAGAUCAUAAGUAUCAUAAAGAAGGGAAACACUAUCUCUUGAAGCAACUGAGGAUUAAAAGUAUUAAGGAGGAGGAUAUAAGUUCUUCAUACAUCUGCAGGUUAUCACUUGUAGGUGAUUAUAAAAACCAAACAUUUAUACUGAAGAAAGGACACAAUCCAGAUCUGACCUUGCGUGGUUUUACUACUGGGAUGAUCAUGGUGACACUGUUUUCCCUCCUGGCUAUAUUUGUGGUGAUUCUGUGUGCCAUAUUCAGAGUGGACCUUGUUUUAUUGUACAGGGAUAUAACACAAAAAGAUGAAACUCUGGGAGAUGGGAAAAUAUAUGAUGCUUUUGUAUCUUACCUGAAAGACUGUGCACCAAUAUGUGGUGAAGAAAGAAAAUUUGCACUGGAAAUAUUACCUGCUGCAUUGGAAGAGCAUUUUGGAUAUAAACUGUGUAUCUUUGAACGUGAUAUCUCUCCUGGAGGAGCUGUUGUUGAUGAUGUCCAGUCAUAUAUUGACCAAAGUCGAAGAUUAAUCAUUAUACUGAGUAAGAACUAUGUCUUGGACAAAGUCAUGUUUGAACUUGAAACUGGACUGCAUAAAGCCCUAGUGGAACGGAAAAUUAAAGUCAUAUUAAUAGAAUAUAGGUCUAUGAGUGAUUUUAAUUUCUUGCCCAAGUCUUUAGAACUUCUUUCAUCCAGUCAAGUGGUGAAAUGGAAAGAAGAGAAGUCUCUCCCUUUACAUUCCAGAUUUUGGAAGAAGCUCCGCUAUGUGAUGCCUGCUAAAUCCUCUGCAGCAAAUACACCAGCCAUUUUUCAUGGGAUACAUACAAGACAGAACAAGACUUGGAAUACAUCCAAGACGAAACAAGAGCAACUAAUGUGUCCUGCAUCUCAUCUUGAGAAGUAUCCCUGAUGCGGGCUUUACUCCUGGCUAUUAUUGUUGCAAGUGUCCCUUGAGUGCCUGGACAGACUUUGCAAAGGUGGUUGUGCCUAGAGCUGCCAAUUUUUUAUAUUUUUGGAAAUUUCUUCCUAAUAGACAGUUAUCAUAGUGCAGGUGCCCCUCUCACUGAUUUUUAUCCUGGUUUUUGCAAAGGUUUUUGCAAAGACAGAAUUGUGUGCCUGCACCAUUUUCAAUUGGGGCUGUUUUUCGUUUCAAAAAUGGGUUUCUGCAGGCAAUAAAGAGUAACUCAACUUUUUUUAAAAAAAACCCUAAUAAGAGUAAGAUGUUCUGUAGAAAUACAAAGCAUUUGUUGCCUUGGUUUGUCAUCACCACUUCUAAGAUGAAGCUGCCUAAUGGCACAAAGGUCUGUAAUAAUCAGGUGGUGUUCAUGGCCUAUUUUCCAAAUCUGAAUUUAAUAAUUAAGAUAUAAUGCUGCUAGAUGCCCACAAUUCUACUUUGUUGUAGCAACCCCUUGAUGUUAUGUUGGUUUUGCCCCAGUACACAGUAAUUGGCUGAACUGUCUGUAAUUUGCCUCAUUUAAAAGAUGGCAAUGCUUGUGAUCCCAUUUUAUGAUGGGAAAAUGAUACUGGUGUGUGUAAAAAAAAAAGUGUGUGUAUAUAUAUGUGUGUGUGUGUAUAAAUGUGUGUAUACAUAUAGAUAUGUAUGUAGCUAUGUGUGUGCAUUGUAGUUAUGUGUGUGCAUGUUUUAAAUAAUACACAUAUUAUAAUUUAUAUAUUAUUAUUAUACUAGCUGACCGGGCGCAUAGCAUCUGUGCCCCUAGUUCAACUCUCCUCCACCUUCAGCCGCUUCUUCCUGACUGACUCUGUCUUCUGGCGGGCAUCUCUGAUGCCCCCCCGCCCACGGUUUCUCCUGCUGGUUUCUCUGUUCCCUCUGGCCGCCGCCUCCUCUUCUUGGUGGCCCAGCCACUGCCGCUGCCUCCUCGCUGCUGCCACCGCCAUUUCCCCUGGCAGCGGCUCAACGGCCUCCUGCCAUACAUGAGCUCCCGCUGCCCAGCCAAUCCACUGGGUACCGGGACACAUCCCCACAGGCAUGUUUUCAAGGAUGCUUUGUGUCAUUCUUGGUACAGAAAGUACCUAACCUCACUCCCAGUAGCAGGGAUACUUACUUCUGACUCCACUGCUGCCAUGACACCUGCCUAAAGUGACUAGAUGCCAGCUCAGAACUCAAAUUAUAGAGUCAGGACAGGUGGACUUGUAUUUCUGUUUUCCAAAGGAAAAAAAUUAAGAUGAAUGUAAAUAGGCAACCUAUAUAAAGGUAAAGUUGUGCCGGCAACUCGGUGUCGACUCCUGGCGACCACAGAGCCAUGAGGUUUUCUUUGGUAGAAUACAGGAGGGGUUUACCAUUGCCAUCUCCCAUGCGGUAUGAGAUGAUGCCUUUCAGCAUCUUCCUAUAUUGCUGCUGCCCGAUAUAGGGGUUUCCCAUAGUCUGGGAAACAUACCAGCAGGGAUUCAAACCAGCAACCUCUUGCUCCCUAGGCAAGUUACCUCCCCACUAAUCUAAUGGACAUAUACAUUAUUGAUCUAAACAACAUUAUGCAUAUUAUGGUAUCAGACUGGCCUCAAGCAGCAAAAUAUCCAAUAAAAUAAUGCAAAAAAAUAUUGAAAAGGUCUACUGUAUUGGAAAUUGGACUGUACUGGACUACUGUAUUAGAUAGCAAAGCAAUGUGGCUAUAUAGUCAGCUUCUGGAAACUAGAAGGAGAGUAUGAGGCUACCUUUAAGAGUGGAAGAUUAAAACUGGAGUUUUGUUUGUUUUUAAAUAGUGGACUGUUGUAUAUUCCAGGCCAGAUUCCCAAGUAUGCAGUAUAAUUGGACUUUAAUUGUUGCAUACAAGGUGCUGAGGAAGACCAGAACUUGAAACAUGGUCAGCUGAUAUAUGGAUUGAUUUUAUCAUCUAUUUCUUUUGUAAUAGUUAUUUUUAGAAGGCCAUGAUAGCAUAUGAACAUUGAUGUUUUACCACUUUUAUUGUCUUUGGAAGGUGUAUGUGUGAAUAAAUUAUUCUUGCAACAUG